AUGGGUAUGAUGAGUAAGGAUGAACUCAUGCAGGGGCAGCGCACCGGCAGGCGAGUGAGCACCGAGCGGCGGGCGCAGGUGGCGAGUCCGGUCCCGGAGGGGACAGGGGCGCAUCGCGGGGCGUCGGCUGGCCAGUUAGGGAGCCGCCUCCGACUUCCCGGUGCUGGGAAGCGAGAUGGAGGGAGGGAACGGAGGAAGGAAGGAAGGAGGAAAGAGUGUCCCGGAGGGCGGGGACUGGUCGGGGCACUAGGCGCCGGAGACCGGGAUGGGGGAGGGAGGGCAAGGGACGCCGAGACCCGGAGACAGACGGCGCUUUCGCCCUCGACGGGCGGCGGUCGGAGGGUGCAGGAAGCCAGGGGCCCUGCGGGGCCAGGGCUGGGGACGCGGCCCCCGGGACGAGGGCGGGAGUGGGAGGAGAGGUCUCCCAGCUCGCUCGCUUGCUUCCUGGUCUGCCCGCGGCCGUGCGCCCAGCACCAGGAUGGGGCUGGGAGGCUCCGGCGUUCCCCGCUCGUGCUUGCGGUGGUGCCAGGUUCGGGAGGAGGCCGGACAACUGGGGGAGACCGGGGCGCCACGCCCCUCUUCCCUACUUUCUUCCGUUCUUUCUGGGGACUAGGCGGCGUGUGCGCAGACCUGGAACCCGCUCGGCGCUGGGGGUCUGGCGGGGAAAUAGUGGGUCACAGCGAGGACUCAGAUCACACAUCCCGCGAGGGACCCCCGAGCAGUGAGUGGCCCGGAGACUGUAUUUGCAGAUGGUAUGAGGAGGUCAAGACUCAGACGGCAUAUCAGUUAAAGCUAAUUUUAAAACGCUGUCACUGAAGUCGCCCGACACUCACUUGUCCCUCGCCUUCUGUUUGUGUCUUGUAAACUUGACUUAAACCAUUCAUAACUUUGGAAAAGGACCCCGUGAUUCUCGUUAAAACCCCGCCGUGGAGUGAAACUUUGGGCAACUAGAAAUCUGAGUGAAGGAACUGCCGAGGCCUGUCAUCUUGUGGUCACCCCUGUCCGGGCGAGGUUGUAUACAAACAAGUGCACAGAGAAGGAAAUGGCCAAAAACCGGCGAGAAGGGAGGUCCCCCGCGCCCACGUGUCAGGGCACGUUUAAUGGCUGCUCUGAGUGGAAACAAACCGGAAUGUAUUAGACCUUGUGGAGUUGGGCAGACUUCACAUGAUUAGCUUCCUUCCCAUCAGUUGUUUCCUCCCCCGCCCCCCUACUGUCUUUGUGGACACUUUAUAUUUCCUGGGGCUGUUGUAGCUUCGUCUGAAUAGACUGUCUAUAAGGAAUCUUUUGGACCUUGUCAGAGGUAGGGACUGUGUCUGUGUGUUCUCUACUUUAAAAGCCGAGUUUGGCUUUGUUUUGAAAGUGCGAGUCACCACACUGCACCAUUGCUGGUGCUUCUCAGCCCUGCGUGUAAAUUAUCGCAGGAUGGCGGCCCUCACCUAGGAGAACCAGGAAGGCCGGCAGCGCUAGAGUGACGGGGUUGCGUUUAACUGUUGCCAAAACAGCCACAUUCAAGUAAGGAGCUGUUUUGAUUCUUAAAAAAAAAAAAAACCAAAGUGUAUGUGUCAGCAAGACCUUUUUUCAAUAAACAAACAUGUGAUUCACACAUAAUUUUUUAAAGUAAUCAAACGUUUUAUAGAGACUUCAGUGAUA